AAAACAAUUGGCGGAUCUUGGAUCAAAUCGAAAUAGGAAGGCGUGUGGGUCUAUUUUGGGAGAACCCGAAUCAAGUUCAGGUCCGGAUCCCUACGGUCUGGCCGUCUGGGGCUGUGCCAAAGAGAAGUGUUUGACAGUUUCACCAAUUUCCGGUAGCGGCAAUAUAUUUCCGUAGCACGAGGUCAAAGAGUUAGUAAUCUCCCAACAUUUCCGUCGAUGGCUAUCCUACUUGGUCAUGUUUCAUCGCCGUCGGUGCUACUUGCUCCUCCCUCUUCUGCAAUUUGGAAUAUUCGUCGGAAUUUGAAAACUAGUUUUUACCCAAGAGCUGUUGGGGUUAAAGCAUGUUUUUUCAACCCUAUCCCAGAUCAACCUAUCAUCAAAGAAGCUCUAAAGGAACCCGUUGCUUUCAUGGGAGGGAUGCUUGCUGGCCUUUUAAGAAUUGAUCUGAAUGAAGAUCCUCUCAAGGAAUGGGUUACUAGAACUGUGGAGGCUACCCAAGAAAUUCAUCAAGCCACUGAAACCCAAGCAGAAGACACCCCACUACAGAUAGAAAUCGAAUGACUUUAUUGCUAGUGUAAACCUCAUGUAUCAUUUGUGCUUAUGUUUUUUAUCUUUGACUAAUAAAUAAUACUUCCUCUUGUUUAUGACUUCUCAUGUUUUAAGAUAAAAACUUUUUGCUUUUGAUUUCAUAUUAUACUCUUUACUGCCGAUGCAUUACCCUUCCUAUUCAAGGUAAAAAUCUGAGUUAAUUGGAAAGAUUAGUGCCACCAGUUGAAUCGCCGCUCGCUGUUGUUGGUUCAUCUUCUUCGUCGCAACAAGAAGCCACCAGCUCUGGUCGUGAUGAUCACCAUGUUACAUGCCGCUUGCCAGAUUGGCUUCUCUGUCGCUGGACGCUCCGCCCACAUUUAAUUUUAAUAUAGUCACAUUUAAUUUUAAUAGUUAAAAGAUGAUGAAUGAACAAGCAACAAAAAAAUCAUACUUGUUUUGCUUGUCUCACAAAGUCACUAUGAAGAGGGUGUGUACAAAACAAAUUGCACACUUUUUGUAUAGCAUUGUAUGGUACGACGUAUGAUACACAUUACUCAUUACUUUUGACUAUUUUAUACCCGCUC